CUGAAAGGCUGGCCAGACAGGAGUGCGCUUCCUGUGUGCUGGGCGACUUCCGGUGUGGACGCAGCCGCAGCAGCAUCAAGAUGACCAAGCUGCAGCUGCUGAACGCCUACCUGACGGAGCGGCUGGCGGCGCUGGUGAAGGAGGUGCUGGACGUGGUGGAGGACACGGUGGCCGAGUACCGCGAGGAGACGGCGCGCGCGCGGCGCGAGAACGAGAGUCUGCGGCGGCAGCUGCGGGACAUCCUGCUGCUGGAGGCCGAGACCGAGUGGCUGAGGUCCACCAGGUCCGGUUUGGGUUUUGCGUCUCCUGAGCAGCACGGUGACCUGGACCUCAGGCCCCGCCCAGAUGAGCCAGACUCCACCCUGAACCAGCCCAGGCCGCCCCCAGCCGCCAAAGCUGCGCAGGAGCAGCAGCUGCUGCAGCGGGAGGUGGCGCCGGCCGUCCUGCCAGCGGAGCGGGAGGUGCUGGACAGAACCUCGCCUGUCCCCCCUCACUCCUCCCUGUGUCCUCCCCCCACCUGUGCUCCUAAAACCCUCAUCGACCGUCCGGCGCUAGAGGAGGAUCCGCAGGGAGCGCCGCCCGCUCGCGUCAAAACAGAACCGUCGGAGGACAAAGAUCUCACAGAGUCGGUGCCACCGGGGGAGCUGCCCGUGGAGGAGGGGCCCGGCAUCAGCGGGGCGGAGCCUGGGCGGCAGGACCCCAACAGGAAGCUGGUCCAGCAGCCGCUGGAUGUGGGCUUCAUCCCGGAGCUGGUGCACCGCUGCCCCCGCUGUGGCGACGCGUUCGCCCAGGCGGCCGGCCUGCGCCUCCACCUGGAGCAGAAGAGGAAGUCCUACGCCUGCGACUGGUGCUGCAAAUCGUUCGCGCAGUCGGCCGACCUGCGGCGGCACCUGCGGACGCACACCGGCGAGCGGCCGCACCGCUGCACCUUCUGCUCCAAGAGCUUCAGCCAGAGGGGGAACCUGCGGCGGCACCUGCGCAUCCACACCGGCGAGCGGCCGUACAGCUGCCCGUUCUGCUGCCGCACCUUCAGCGACGGCGACACCAUGAAGAAGCACAAGCGCACGCACUCGGGGGAGAAGACGCACCGCUGCGCCCGCUGCGCUCGCACCUUCGGCAGCGCCGGCAGCCUGCAGCUGCACUUCAAGAGGGACUCCUGCUUCCUGGCCAACGCCUGACCCGGGGCGCCGCGGCCUCUCCUGUCCGGUUCUGAUCCCACCGUCCCUCAAACCCGACUAGAGAGGCUGUUGGUGCUCGUGUGGCGUCCGUCUGAGGCGACGGCUCGCCGCGACCCCCCCACACCCGGACCAGGAGCAAAGAACUGAAGGUUCUGGAAAGGCAACCGAUCCACACCGACUGAAGGAGGUUCUAAAGAUCCAGAACUGUCUCCUUGGUUCUGGUGAGGUUUCCAACUGCGCCCCCGCUGGAGGUCAGCUCAUCUGCAGUUCUUCUCUGAGAGGGGGUCCGUUCCAGCAGAACCGCCUGAACAGAACUGUUCUGAUCAUGAAAGAAGAGACAGAACUGCAGAAAAGACAACCAAACCUUCAGAACCGAGCCUGAAGAAGUUUCAGGAGGAGGAACAUGGAGGUUCUGGUUCUGGACAAGAGUUAAGAACUUAGGAUGAACAGACUUCAUCUUCAUGUCGGGUUCUGCAGGUUCUGUUCAGACCGUCUGCAUUAAACUGACUCAAAAACUGAAACAGGAUCCAGAAAAUCAGAACCGAUGGUUUUGUUUUUCUUGUGUUGUUGAGACUCCUCAAAGGUUCUUUCCAGGUUCUGGUAGCUCAGCUGGAGGUUUGUGGGGAAGCACCUGUCAGGUGUACCUGGAUGUUUCUGAUUGGCUGCUGUGAUCAUGUGACACGUGACCUACAGAUGUUUGCACAGCGUUCUCCAACAAAAGGAAGAUCCAGACGCCAGAGAACACCUGAUCUCCGGGUGCGCCUUGGUCUCCCUCUGGUUGUUUUUAUGUUUCAUUAAACCCAGGCGACCUUAAGGUCGACCUUCACGCUGCUAAAGAUCUACGGCUUAUGUUGUCCUAAUCGUCAUCAGAACCAUCAGUUCUUCCAGAACAUUUGUGUUCUGGUGAACCCGAUUCCCGUCUCCACGUGUGCUUUUGUUCUGAAGUGGACUAAACUUCAGUUUUUACCAAAGUUCUUCACGUCCAGCAAUGAUCAGGACAAUAAAACCACAUGAACUCUGA